AUGAGAGUGUCGUGCGUCUGGCUGACGGUGGUUUUCUGCAUGAGAUGCUCUCCCCGGGGAGCAGUGGGACAAUCAGUUAACGACUCCUCACUCCUCAUUGGAGAGGGGACGUUUCCUUACACGGAGCGCUGGCUCAACACUUCGGGACAGUCGGGCAACCGGACCUCGGGCUUCUUCCUGCUGGACUUUGACGAGGGUCUGCUGGAGGACUGGCGCUCCCUGGCCAACAGGCAGAGCAGCGGGAGGGAGGCGCAGGACAGCGCCGUGAAGGCGCUGCUCGUGGCCGCGUACUCGCUCAUCAUCGUCAUCUCCCUGUUCGGCAACUCGCUGGUGUGCCAUGUGGUGGUCAAAAACAAGCGGACCCAGUCCUCUACCAGCCUGUUCAUCCUGAACCUGGCGGUGGCGGACAUCUUCAUCACGGUCCUCAACACGCCUUUUACCCUGGUUCGCUUCGUGAACAGCACAUGGGUGUUUGGGAGGACGAUGUGCCACAUCAGUCGCUUCGUGCAGUACUGCUCCCUGCACGUGUCCACCAUCACCCUCACGGCCAUCGCACUGGACCGACGACAGGUGAUUUUGCAUCCUCUGAGACCACGCAUGACGCCGGCUCAGGGUGGUGUUUGGGUGGCUGUUAUCUGGAUAAUGGCUACUUGUUUCUCCCUCCCACAUGCAAUCUAUCAAAAACUCCUGACUUUCACAUACAGCAAGGAAAAGGAGCGGAGCCUGUGCGUCCCCGACUUCCCGGAGCCGUCGGACGUUUACUGGCAGUAUAUUGACCUCCUGACUUUCAUUCUGCUUUACAUGCUGCCACUCCUCAUCAUCACCGCCUCCUACACCACCGUGGCCCGUCGGCUGUGGCGCCACAAUGCCAUCGGCGACACCACCACGGCCCAGCACGCCACCCAGAGGAGGAAGCGCCGGCGAACGCUGGCCAUGCUGCUCCUGGUCGUCGGGGUGUUCGCCGUCUGCUGGUUUCCCCUCAACUGCUACGUGGUGCUCCUGUCCAGCCAGGCCAUCCACUCCUCCAACGCUCUGUACUUCUGCUUCCACUGGCUGGCCAUGAGCUCCACCUGCUACAACCCUUUCAUCUACUGCUGCCUGAACCCCACCUUCCGCCAGGAGCUGCGGCUCCUCCUGGACAGGUGCAGCUGGAGGAGGGCGCCCGCCGUGGGGUCGCAGCCCCAGGACCGCCCGGCGGCGGCGUGCGCUCCCCAUCGCAGGGCGGCCUGGCCCGACAACAACCGCUCCUCCAGGCCGGGCCUCAUUUCCACACACCCGGGCCAGGACUCGUCACAGCAGAGCCACGCGUCCUCCAGCCACUCGCACAACCUGAAAGACGCGCACGUGCGCUUCACUGCCAGGCAGCCCCUCACAGGACGGAUUGACAUCCUCUCUGUCGAGCCCAUCGUGGCUGUUAGGUAA